AUGGCGAUUGAGAAGAACAACUUUAAGGUGUCUCGGUUUGAUCCAGACUCUUCACCCAAUAGCAGGGGAAGUAUGUCCAGUGAUGAUAAUGGUGGUGAUGAUGGUGAUGACAAUGAGCUUCACCGGAAGGUGUCUGCAGCUGAAUCAGAUGACGAAGGCGACGAUGACGAGUUUGAUGAUGCGGAUUCAGGGGCGGGAUCUGACGACUUCGACUUGUUGGAGUUGGGGGAUACUGGGGCCGAGUUUUGUCAAAUUGGUGAUCUGACUUGCAGUGUUCCUUUCGAGUUGUAUGAUCUUUCAGGGUUGGAAGAUAUACUGUCUGUGGAUGUGUGGAAUGAUGUCCUGUCUGAAGAGGAAAGGGUUAGCCUGACCAAGUACUUGCCUGACAUGGACGAGCUCACUUGUAUGCAAACUCUUAAAGAGCUCUUUGAAGGUACGAAUGUCCAUUUCGGCAGCCCUAUGAAGAUGCUGUUUCAGAUGCUAAAAGGAGGGUUGUGUGAACCUAGGGUUGCUCUUUAUAAAGAGGGUUUGACUUUUUUCCAAAAGAGACAGCACUAUCAUCUUCUUCGCAACUAUCAGAAUAAUUUGGUUAGCAAUCUGUGUGAGAUAAGGGAUGCUUGGCUUACAUGUAGGGGGUAUAGCAUUGACGAUAAGCUUAGGGUUCUGAAGAUAAUGAAGAGUCAAAAGAGUUUGUUGUAUGGCAAGAUGGAUGAAGAUAUUGGCAGUGACUCGUCUGAGAAACUGGAAUCAGGUGAUAAUACUUUGUGGGAUAAAGGGGCCAAGGACAGAAAAGGUGCUUUGAAACUGAAUCGCAACUCUCUACACAUGCUUGCCUCACCUCCAGAUUUUUCUUCACGUAUUGUGCCACAAAAGGAACUGGCGAAGUAUGGGAAACAGAGUUUGAAGGGUAUGCUCAAGUUAGCUGGGUCGAAAGCACCACCAUCUUUUAGAGAUAUGAGGAGUCCUAUUCCUUCUCAUUAUGAUGGUAUGGAAAUGAAUACCAAGGCAUAUGGGUUGCCAGUGCCCCUUCUUCGUCAGAAUAAACAUGCUGCUUAUGAAUCAGCUGGGCCUGCCCUGCGGCUACAGGAUCAGAUUAGAAUACGUGAUAGUUAUGAUUAUGAUGACUAUGAAGAUAAUGACGAGGCAAUGCAUCUAGUUGGUGCCAAACAAGAUCGUAUUAUGGCACAUGGUAAUGUGAUCGACAAAUCCAGAGGUCUGAAGCUGGGAAGGAAUAAGCAGCGACCGAGAAGAAAUAAUUUAGGUGAUGACAGUUUCAUGGGUUCACCCUUUUCUUUGCAGAGUGAUAUCAAUGCCUAUGGUAAGCACAGAAAUACUAGCCGGCAGCCAGUAGAGGAAAUGUUCACUAAGCCACCUCAUGUCCGAAGUUCUGAUCAUCAAAUGGGUAAAAAGAUGAAGUAUUCUGAAACCUUUCAGCAGUUUCCUUACAGUGAUAAGAUGAAUCACCUGAAACUCCGAGGUGAAGAGAUGCCUCUGAAAGGAAACCGAGUUGACUCAUUGAAUGCUUCUGAACUCAUCUGGCAUAACAAUAGAUACGAACAGGCUUUCCCCAUGGAUUCGUCAUCUAAAUACGACGAGUUCAAUAUCAGAAGUAAGAAACGAAAACCAGGACGGGACUCCCCUGAUUUUAACUCCAGAGGUUAUGGAGCGUCCUCUCAUUUGAACGAUAGAAUUCUUCUUUCUGAAAUGAGAGAGAGACCAUUACGUGAGAAGGCCAGGAGAAAUUUUGUACAGAAUGGGGCACAUGUCAAGGGAACAACAGCAAGAGGUAAGGGAAUGUACAUGCGAGGUGAAGACACAGAAUCAGAUUCGUCCCAAGACUUUGAUCAAGGUGAUGAGGAAGAGGAUAACACUCCUUUGAUUCAUAACAAGUCCUUGUACUCCCAAGGGAUGGAGACUUCUAAAUCUUCCUUCUCAAAGUCCAGGUCAGUUGCUAAAAGGGCCAGCAGCUAUGUUACUAGCCCGGAUGUCCAGGAAAAUUCAAAUGCAUUUGAGGGAGUACCAUAUUUGUCCAAGAAUGUGGAUGUGCUUGAUGAUGACAUUGGUCAUGUUUCAGGACAUCUGUCAAGAGCUAAACACAAAGGAAAGAUGCAUGACAGCAGUCCAUUGGAUAGUUCUGAUGCCAGAAUGAUGGACAGCAACAGAAAGGGAGCCCAUAAGUUGGGAAAGAAUGGAGGAAGAUCCCGAGGUGACUCUAAUGACAGGGUGCGAAUGCUCUCUCUGAAGUCCAAUCCUUCAGAAAGAAAUCAGAAAGCUCUUGAGAGCCAUGAUUACAGUGUUGAUGAAGAGGAUGGAAAGUAUGAAGAAGCUCAAAAGGCAGUAAUUCGAUUGGGGAAGAAGGGACAUAAAACUGAACCUCGUGUCCAUAAUAAUCAUAGCAAGUCGGACGUCUCAUUACUAGCAUGCAACACCGUAACAAAGAAACGGGCGGUAAAAGUGGAAGCAACGGAUGGCAGAGAGGAGGAUGUAAAUAUGGAGUCUACUGCCCUUGAAAUGCAAAAAAUGGAUGACCCUGUUGUUCCAUUGAAGAAAAAGGGGAAAAAGAAAGCAAGGAUUGAAAGUGUAGCUGCUGCUGAUCUAGAAACCCAAGAGCCACCUGAAAUCAAAUUGCCAGAAGUGGAGGUGGUGGAAAUAAAACCACAGAAAAAACCUUACAUACCAAUCACACCUACUGUUCAUACAUGCUUCUCGUUUUCGAUUGUCCACCUACUUUCUGCAGUUCGAUCGGCAAUGAUCACUCCUCUUCCUGAGGACUCCUUGGAGGUUGUGACAAGACCUAUUCAGGAGAACAGACCGCAUGAUGAAGACGGUGGUACAACAAAUGGGUUUGUCUCUCCUGAGAACCUAGAUGCCCCUGCUCGUUCAAAUGUCCCUUCUCUAACGGUUCAGGAGAUUGUCAACCUUGUGAGAUCAAAUCCAGGCGACCCUUGUAUUCUCGAGACUCAGGAGCCACUCCAGGACUUGGUCAGAGGGGUUCUUAAGAUAUUUUCCUCGAGAUCUGCUCCUCUUGGAGCAAAAGGUUGGAAGGCGCUUGUCAUGUAUGAGAAGGAAACAAAAUCCUGGUCUUGGGUUGGUCCAGUUUCUCAAAAUAAUAAUUCAGCAGAUCAGGAGGCCGCCGAUGAGGAGGUUACAUCUCCUGAAUAUUGGGGCCUGCCGCACAAAAUGCUGGUCAAGCUGGUGGAUUCUUUUGCAAACUGGCUUAAAAGUGGUCAAGAGACGCUUCAACAGAUUGGAAGUCUCCCUGAGCCACCUCUAUCUAUGAUGCAGACUAGCUUGGAUGAGAAGGAAAGAUUCAGGGACUUGAGAGCUCAGAAGAGUCUCAGCACAAUCAACCCAAGCUCAGAAGAAGUAAGGACUUACUUCAGGAAAGAAGAAGUCUUGAGGUACUCGAUCCCCGACAGGGCGUUCUCAUACACGGCUGCAGAUGGUCGGAAGUCAAUUGUUGCACCGUUGAGAAGGUGCGGAGGUAAGCCGACUUCGAAAGCGAGAGACCAUUUCAUGCUGAAGCGCGAUCGGCCUCCUCAUGUCACAAUUCUCUGCCUCGUGAGAGAUGCGGCUGCCAGAUUGCCCGGCAGUAUUGGAACUAGAGCUGAUGUGUGCACUCUGAUCAGGGAUUCUCAGUUUGUUGUUGAGGAUGUCUCGGACGCCCAAGUGAAUCAAGUUGUGAGUGGUGCAUUGGAUAGGUUGCAUUACGAACGCGAUCCUUGUGUCCAGUUCGAUGGUGAUAGGAAGCUGUGGGUUUACUUGCACAGGGAGAGAGAGGAAGAAGAUUUUGAAGAUGAUGGCACUUCAUCCACCAAAAAGUGGAAGAGGCAAAAGAAGGAUCCUGCUGCUGAUCAGUCAAGCGAGCAAGAAGUUGGGGUCAGUUUAGAGGGGCUUAAUGGUACUGGUGUCGGUAACCAAUCUGGAUUAUUUGAACCGGGUUCUUCCGAUCUGAAUGUCGACCCUCCUGGUGGUGUGGAUGAUGAUGAUGGAAGAAGAGACGAUGUUAAUUUUGGUGACUUGAGACAGGAUGAUGUUGUGGAUGCCGGUCAUUUGCCGGAGCAUGGUGGCAACAUGCUACAAGACCACCACCAUUCGAUGGUUUGGGAUGCCCUCAGCAGCCUAGAUGUUCCUCCUCAUCAAGACCACCCCAAGUUAAGAUGUCACGAGAACUCGACAGAUCAGGAUUUCGACGACGAGACUUUUGGAGAACCUCCUGGUGGGCUAUUGAGUUCAAGUUUGUGA